CUUUUAUUUUAAAUUGUAGGGGCAGAAUAGACAUUUUGCUAUGUCGACGGAUCAGGGGCCGACCCCCACGGGAUCUGUCUGUGUCUCUAGUGAACAAGCCCUAAACCCACAUCUCCUCCUCCUCUCUAUAAAUCAGUCAGUCCAAGUACAGCUCUCUCCUCCUCCGCUCCCACCACCGCCGUUGCUCACCAAUGGGGAAAGGCGGAGCACUCUCGGAUGGGGUGGUUAAAAAUAUCAUCCUCUCAUACACCUACGUCGCUAUAUGGAUCUUCCUCUCCUUCACCGUCAUCGUCUACAACAAAUACAUCCUUGACAAGAAGCUUUACAACUGGCCUUUUCCCAUCUCCCUCACCAUGAUUCACAUGGCCUUCUGCUCUUCCCUCGCCUUCGCCGCCGUCCGCCUCUUCAAACUCGUCGAGCCCGUCUCCCUCAGCCGCCGCGUCUACCUCUCCUCCGUCGUCCCCAUCGGUGCCCUUUACUCUCUCUCCCUCUGGCUAUCCAACUCCGCUUACAUUUACCUCUCAGUUUCCUUCAUUCAGAUGCUUAAAGCCCUUAUGCCCGUUGCCGUUUAUUCCAUUGGAAUUCUGUUUAAGAAAGACGGUUACAAGACUAGUACCAUGUCCAAUAUGCUUGCCAUUUCUUUGGGAGUAGCCAUCGCUGCUUAUGGUGAGGCAAAGUACGAUUCUUGGGGGGUACUUCUGCAACUUGGUGCGGUUGUUUUUGAGGCUACGAGGUUGGUCAUGAUUCAAAUUCUUUUGACUUCCAAAGGGAUUAAUUUAAAUCCCAUCACUUCGCUUUAUUAUGUUGCUCCGAGCUGUUUGGCGUUUCUUGCAAUUCCGUGGGUGUUUGUGGAGUAUCCUGUGUUAAGGCAGCAGAGUUCAGGGUUCCAUUUUGAUUUUGUGAUUUUUGGGACUAAUUCUCUCUGUGCUUUCGCCUUGAACUUGGCUGUCUUCUUGCUGGUCGGAAAGACUUCAGCUUUGACCAUGAAUGUAGCUGGAGUUGUGAAAGAUUGGUUGUUGAUUGCUUUCUCUUGGUCUGUGAUUAAGGAUACGGUGACGCCAUUGAAUUUAUUUGGAUACGGAUUGGCUUUUCUGGGUGUGGGGUAUUAUAAUCACUCGAAAUUGCUGGCACUGAAGGCAAAGGAAGCACAGAAGAACAUGCAAUCGGCAGAUGAGGAGGCAGGGAAGCUGUUGGAUGAGAGGGGUGGAGAUGGAAAGGGGAAAAAGGGAGAUUCACAAGCUUAAUCGGAUAACUGCUUAUUUACAAGAAGUAAAAAAGUUCCAAAAAGAAAAAAGGGAAAAAAAAAAAAAGAAAAGAAAAGAAAGACAGGUGUUAAUUCAAUAAAAGUGAGGAAGAAUUUGGGGUUUUGCAGGUUGACUUUGGUGGUUUUGAGUGGAUCUGGGAUUUAGGUGUGUUGACUGAAGGAUGAUCCUUAAUGUUCAAUGUUUGGUUGUUCCUGGUUGUGGUAUUACUGUUAGAGAUCCACAUUUCUUCUUCAUAAUGCCAGUUAAUGUAUACGUAUAACAUAAAAAUUAUACUUACAUUUUUUUCAUUAAAUUGCCAGUUUUUU